UUGUUGGACCCUGGCCUCAUCCGUCGCGUGGCCUCAUCCGAAACGCCUGAUCGUCGUCUCUUUUUCUUCUGUUUCCUUCUUGUUCGUCUCGCUCUCGUUCUCGGCCCUGUGGCCCUAUUUUGCCGCCAUCUCUUCCCGAAUCUUCGGGUCGACUAUAUAAUACCGUCAUGGCUGCCAGACAGCCAGCCCGGCGCCUUGCUGCGCACCUUGCUUCUCCUUCCGUACGCUUCUCACGAACUCAAUCCGCCUCUACGAGACGCUGGCUGUCUAGUUCCGCCGGUCCUAAAGCUUCUCGAUCAUCUUAUUCCAACUACUCCCCGCUGUGGCUCACUGCUGUCGCACUUGGUGUCGCCGCUCCCUUAGCCUACAAGAUGUCUGAUAUCGAACCUAUCAAUGCCGAUCCUUCAACCCUGGCCGACCGCGAUGCCCAGAAGAAGCGCGAGUCGGGCGUUAACGAGGACUCGCCCAUGCGACUGCGAAUGGAAAAGUUUAUUCGGGAGCAACAAGCCCAGAUCGUAGCCGAGCUUGAGAGACUUGACGGCAAAAAGUUCCGUAAGGACGAGUGGGAGCGCCCCAACGGUGGAGGCGGCACGACCUGCGUUCUCCAAGAAGGAAAUGUCUUCGAGAAGGCUGGCCUUGGUGUUAGUGUUGUCUACGGCUCGCUUCCCAAGCCUGCCAUUGAGAAGAUGCGAGCCAACCACAAGACAAUGGAUCCCAACAUGGAAUCAAUUGACUUCUUUGCCGCAGGACUCAGCAUGGUUCUUCACCCUUAUAACCCUAUGGCCCCAACCGUGCAUCUUAACUACCGAUACUUCGAAACGGCGAACCCUGAUGGUACAUCUCAAGCUUGGUGGUUCGGCGGCGGUUGCGAUUUGACACCAUCAUACCUCUUCGAUGAGGACGCUAUUCACUUUCACAAGACGAUCAAGACCGCUUGCGAUGCUCACGACAAGGAAUACUACCCCCGAUUCAAGAAGUGGUGUGAUGAGUACUUUUUCAACAAGCACCGUGGCGAGGCACGUGGUAUUGGUGGCAUCUUCUUUGAUGACUUGGACGAGACGGAGCGUGAUCGCGAGAACACCUUUUCGUUCGUCCAAGACUGUCUCAAGGCGUUCCUCCCCUCCUACAUUCCCAUCAUCGAGAAGCGAAAGGACAUGCCUUACACUGAGGCAGAGAAAGACUGGCAACAGCUUCGACGUGGCAAGUACGUCGAGUUCAACCUUGUCCACGAUCGCGGUACAGCAUUCGGACUCAACACACCCGGCUCAAGGGUUGAGAGUAUUCUCAUGAGUUUGCCAUUGACAGCUGGCUGGAAGUACAUGCACGAGCCCGAGCCCAAGAGCAGGGAGCAGCGCCUUGUAGAUGUCCUCAGAGAUCCCAAGGAGUGGGUCUGAGACACGCGUCUUGUAUUCAAAAUAGACGGAUGCAUGUUGGAGCAUGAGGCAGGGCGAUUGUUUAGUGUAUCAUAUGUGAAAAUCAUAGAUAGGGACACCGGUGGCGGUGUAGGCUACAAAAAGCAGACAGCAAAUAUGUCUACUGAGACGCUACAAAAAAUCGAAAUAGUUUAAAG